CCUCUUGGCUUCCUCCUAGAGUCACACACACAGUGGACCCGGUGUUUUAUUGAAACAGCUCCUCCGAAUAUUUAUAUAUAUAUUGCACUAUUUAUUUGUUUAUCCAUCAAUUGUAGCUCAGAAUGGAGACAUCUGGGAACUCGAGUAAGAAGCAGAAACUGAGCAACGCGCCUGAGAGCUGGGGGAUGCAAAGAGCCACCAAUGUGACGUAUCAAGCCCAUCAUGUGAGCAGAAACAAGCGCGGACAGGUCGUCGGCACUAGAGGUGGAUUUCGAGGAUGUACAGUGUGGCUUACAGGUUUGUCUGGUGCCGGUAAGACGACAGUCAGCAUGGCUCUGGAGGAGUAUCUGGUGUGUCACGGCAUCCCCUGCUACACUCUGGAUGGUGAUAACAUCAGGCAGGGUCUCAAUAAGAACCUGGGCUUCAGCCCUGAGGACCGCGAGGAGAACAUCCGCCGAAUCGCAGAAGUGGCCAAACUGUUUGCUGACGCUGGGCUCGUGUGUAUCGCCAGCUUUAUUUCCCCAUACAGCAGGGACCGCCUGAAUGCAAGGAAGAUCCAUGAAGCCGCUGGCCUGCCGUUCUUUGAGGUGUUUGUAGAUGCUCCACUAGAUGUGUGUGAGCAGAGAGAUGUGAAGGGACUUUACAAGAGGGCCAGAGCUGGAGAAAUCAGAGGUUUCACAGGAAUAGACUCCGAGUAUGAAAAACCAGAGGCUCCUGAGCUGGUACUAAAGACUGAUUCCUGCAGCGUGAACGAGUGCAUCCAGCAGCUCCUGGACCUCCUGCAGGAGAGGGAUAUAGUACCCGUGGACGCGUCCUAUGAGGUGAAAGAGCUCUAUGUGGCUGAGAACAAGCUGGACUUGGCCAAGGCUGAUGCAGAGACUCUUCCAGCUGUGGAGAUCACUAAAGUGGACAUGCAGUGGGUUCAGGUGCUCGCUGAAGGCUGGGCGACUCCUCUAAACGGCUUCAUGAGGGAGAGAGAGUUCCUGCAGUGUCUGCACUUUAACUGUCUUCUCGAUGGUGGGGUUAUUAACCUGUCGGUGCCGGUGGUCCUCCCCGUCUCCAGUGCCGAUAAGGAGCGUCUGGAUGGGAGCACAGCAUUCGCUCUGGCCUACGGAGGUCGGAGAGUCGCCAUUCUGAGAAACCCAGAGUUCUACGAGCAUCGCAAGGAGGAGCGCUGUGCCCGGCAGUGGGGGACCACAUGCAAGGAUCAUCCACACAUCAAGAUGGUGAUGGAGAGUGGAGAUUGGCUGGUUGGAGGAGAUCUCCAGGUGCUGGAUCGAAUCUACUGGAAUGACGGGCUGGAUAGUUACAGACUUACACCAACUGAACUCAAGCAGAAGUUUAAAGAGAUGAACGCUGAUGCCGUCUUUGCCUUUCAACUGCGAAACCCAGUGCAUAAUGGCCAUGCACUGCUCAUGCAGGAUACACAGCGGCGUCUAAUUGAACGUGGCUACCGCCGUCCUGUCCUUCUGCUGCACCCGCUGGGUGGAUGGACCAAAGAUGAUGACGUGCCAUUGGCCUGGCGCAUGAAACAGCAUGCAGCCGUGCUGGAGGAGGGUCUACUUGAUCCCAACUCCACCAUAGUUGCCAUUUUCCCAUCACCAAUGAUGUACGCCGGCCCCACAGAGGUGCAGUGGCACUGCAGAGCCCGAAUGGUGGCUGGGGCCAACUUUUACAUAGUGGGCCGUGACCCUGCAGGAAUGCCUCACCCGGACACUGGUAAAGACCUCUACGAGCCUUCACACGGUGCUAAAGUCCUCACCAUGGCACCUGGACUCAUAUCGCUGGAAAUCGUGCCUUUCAAAGUGGCAGCCUACAAUAAAGUCAAGAAGGCUAUGGAUUUUUAUGACCCCCAAAAACACCAGGACUAUGACUUCAUCUCAGGAACCCGCAUGCGGAGAAUGGCUCGCGAGGGCCAGAAUCCCCCAGAAGGCUUUAUGGCACCCAAAGCCUGGAACGUUCUUAAGGAAUACUACCAGUCCUUGGAGAAGGCUUGAGCCGUUUUCCAGGUGUAAGGAGAGAGAAGAGGAAGCAUUUCUGUUACAGAGAAAGAAAAUGAACACAGUGGAGGAUCUUGGUUUGUAAAAACACA